AUGUCAGUGGUUCAAGAAAACCAAGUUUUUACUAUUAAAUGUGUCGUGGUGGGUGAUGAACGAGUCGGAAAAUCGUGCCUCAUUGCUCGCCUAUCAGGAAAGCCUGUCGACAAUGAAUAUCGCCAGACCAUGGUUGACAUGUCCACAGUACGGACUUUCCUGGGAAAAACGCUGACUCUAGUGGAUUUUUGGGACACUCCAGGGGCACAUAACUUUCAGAGCAUUCGACUCCUUGCCUACCAAGACACGCAUAUUUUUGCGAUCUGCUUUUCCGUGGUUGUGCCGGAGUCGUUUUCAAAUGUUCGGAAAAAGUGGAUCCCCGAGCUGAAAAUGUACGGUCCACCGAAUGCCCGUUUUGUCUUGAUUGGUCUUCAAAGUGAUCUGAGAGGCGACGAGGCCGUGAACCAAUCUCUUCACCAAAUGGGACUUGAAAGCCCCACUAUCGAUCAGGGUGCGGAGUUGGCUCAGACCAUCGGUGCGAUUGGCUACUUUGAAUGCUCCUCUGUAACCCAAACGGGGGUGGAGGCGGUCCUGCAGGGCAUCAAAACCUCCAUCGCAAAUCCCCUCCGAAUAGCUCGACACGCCUCUGUCUCCUUUUCCAGCCACGCCGAUGUGGAAGGGGUUGAGGAAUUACGGAAGUCGCUCAAAGCUUUGCAGCGAUCUUCUGGACCCUGA